GGCAAGGAAACCCCGAAAGUAGAGACUUUGAGACGGUCUAUAAAUGUAUCGACAACAUUUCUCAAUGAAUAUUUGCAUGCUCAAUAGUGUAUUUUUUAAUAAUUAAUUAUUGUUUUUUUUUGUAUUUUAACAAAAUCUCGCGAAAUAAUCCCAUCGAUGUUUCCAAAGAAAUUUUAAAUAUUUUUGAGCAAUGCAGCUUUUCAAUUCCUCUAGCAAGAUUUCAGUAGAUCUCUUCUUUAUUUUUCAGACAAUUAUAUUAUAAAUAAAAGAUUUAUUGUGCUUAUCGAAACGAAGUACAGUCGAAAAAUUUUUUACUGAUAAGCGAAUUUUCAAGUAAUUUACAAUGGACGCUCUGUUGCCGCAGCUAGAGGGAAUAUGGACUGGCUUGAUGCCAUUAGAACCUCAGUUUCCCGCGCCUGAAGACAAAAACGAACCUUGGGCCCACAAAAAAAUUUCAGACGAUGAAAGUUAUGAAAAACAAGAAACUAAGGUUGGUGCGGUGACAGAACCAAGUGAAGCGGUGACGAAUGUCAUGCCUGAAGAACCAACAUCCAAGCAGAUAGAAUCUGAUAUAAUUUCGGAGGAAAUCUUCAGUGAAAUGCGAAGCUCAGAGCUUGAUAUGUCACCGCCGAGCUCGGUUCUUACCAACAACAUGAACUUCGAAGCGAGCCAGUUUGACGAGUUACAAGACAUCAGUGCAUUCUGUAGCCUCAUCUCGCCUCCAUCUUCACCUAACUCGGGCUCUUCCAAUAGUCUUGACUUGAGCGAGUUAUUCUCACCCUCCUCGCUGACAGACAAUUUCAACAUAGAAGAGAAAUUGACUUCGGGAUCCUUCGCAGAUGAAGGAGAUUGGUUUCAAGUUCAACAAAUAACGGACAUGAAUUUAGCUAGCCAAGAAGACUCAACCGACAGUGUACAGAUUACUGGAUUAUUACAAAGCAAAUCAUAUAAUAACGACUCUUCAAUUGAUCCGCCAAUGGAUUCAAUUUAUCAGCAAAUGAAUGUUAGUUCAAAAAUAGACGGAAUACCAACGGGAGAAAGUUUAAAUACUGAAAUUACUUCGAGUAUUUCCAGGGAUUUCCUCAUUAUGAGCGCAACGUGUCAGGACAGUGUAAGUUCUGCAGCGUCGUCGCCUGACGCCUGGUCCACUUCUUCGGAUUCUACCUCAUCAGAUGCGUUGAAGCUUCAAUUCGCACCAACAACAACGACCUCUCCAGAAUCCCCACAGCCUAUUUCUCCGACCCUUGCCUCGGCGUUUACAGCUGCUUUCCAGCCCUCAGUACACGUCAGUUCAAAAACUGAAUUCAAUUCUCCACCUCCGUUUCAGUUUCCCGAUCUGCUUCCACCCUCAUCAGAGCUGCCUCUACUCGACGUUGAAAUGGAUCUCUCUAUAUUUGGGGAAGACGUGACAUAUUCUCCGGAGCAACAACCCUUAGAUUAUGCAAACUACGAUCAAAAAAAUUAUGCAGCUUCUAGUGUAAAUUCCGGUUGUUUCAAGCCUUCUGAGAUUUCAUCGCCUAAUGUCAUCCCUGCUUUGCCCAAAGUGUACAUGAGUGACCAUGUCCACUUAAACAGAAAUCCUGAACCUAAUUCCCGAAUCCCGUUUAGCGUUUUCCUCUCUGGACACGACUACACGAACAAAAUAGAAGAAUACAGCACCAGCGUGGAUUUACCUCAUAUGCCUCACCCAUGUAUGCACUUACAAGGACAUCAAAACAUGCAACGGUAUACUUCUACGCCAUUACCUCCAUACCCAACGCACUUCCCGUCCAAUUUGCCCAUUCCCUUUCCUCCUAGAGACAUCCACAGAGGCAUGCACUUCGUCUCAAAGCCUCCCUCUGUCUUCCAAAAUGUUGUGGUAUCCAUUGAAAAAGCGCCAAGAAUCGAUCUCAAGGAUGAUGAGAGAUCUUAUAAAUGCUCCUACCAAAACUGCGGCAAAGUUUACGCCAAAUCCUCUCAUUUGAAGGCUCAUGUUCGGCGGCACACCGGAGAGAAGCCGUUUGCGUGCACUUGGGAAGGCUGUGCGUGGAAAUUCUCGCGAUCAGAUGAGCUGUCACGACAUCAGAGGAGCCACUCCGGUGUCAAGCCCUACCGCUGCGACGUGUGUGACAAGCGCUUCUCCCGCUCUGACCAUCUCGCCAAACACCAUAAGGUUCACCGAAGAGACCACCAAGUGGCUUCUCUGUACAGCGGUCCUCUGAGCACCCAUAGCCUCAGAAGACCUCCUCGCUCCGUUCCUCCCUCCGUCGCCCAAAGGGUGCACUCACUCGUUUGCAAAACCACGUACAACAACCGCAAUCAUAGCCCAAAAGAUCCACAACACAGAAUUUUUUCCCUCGUCGAUGGUGAAACAGCGACUGCAAUGGGGCCCGAUAUUCAAGUUCAAAGGGUACAGCGAAGUCCUAAAAUAUCGUUCAAACAAAUCCCACCCAAACAAUAUAAAGGUCCUAUGGCGAUGCACAUUCGACAAGGCUUUUCCACAACUAAUUUCAAUCUCAGACCAAACUUUACUGAACGAAAACAAGGUUUCAGCACCCGGAAAGUUCUUAACGGAAUUGAAAUGGAUUCUAGCAAAGAUUUUAGUCGACCUGUUGAGAGUGAUGUCACAGUUACAGUUUGCGUAUCUAGACCACAAACCUCCGUUUCAGGCAAGACUAGCGUGGUUUCCUCAGCGAGCAAUGAUGGUAAUUGCGGCUCAUCGUCGAUUGUCAGAACCAUUAACCACAACUCAACAACUCCGAUUGUUUGCUCAUGAUUAAUGAUGCUAAUAUGUAUAUAGUGAUGUGUUUUCCAGCGCAUUCUGUUAUAUGUUCCCUAACGGCAAGAUCAGUUUACAAACAUGCUGCGAUCGGCACACGAAUUUAGAAACAAAUGACUUCGUGAUGUACAAAGGAAUUAAGAAACAAUUCAUUUCGGCGAAUUUAAAUAAUUCAUUGAUCUAUGUGUGAACAAAACUUAAUCUAUUUAUGACACUUUUUCGAGUAAUUAUGCCACUUUCUUUAAUGAAUCCCCAGAAAUCUUGACAUUUUUAAACGUAUGUACUAAAUAGGAAGGAACUGAGCAUUUAAUCAGCCACAUGAAUUUUACAUGGUAUCGAUUAGUCAACGACUUAUUAAGCUUCACAUUCCUGCCACCAAAAUAAUGUCAGAGGGAAACCUUUGUACAUGCAUUGCAAAGAGAACACAAAUACCGGCUUAACAUUUUUUUUUUCAUGAGAUGUAGGUUCGGCAUAUUUAUUCCUAUGGUAUUUGUUACGAGUAUUUCUGCUUGCAAAUAUCAAGUGUCUAGUUGCAUAAUUGUAAUAUAUAUUUUUACAUUUAAGUAGUGAUCCUGAGUACACGAGAAAGGGACACAUCGAGCAGCGCCAGACCAAAGACUUUAUAUUCUAUUAGGUAUAUGUAAUAAUUAAG